ACCAGCCAUCAUGUCGAUACAAGCCAAGUCCGCCCCAAACCUGAACCUUCCCAAGGGAUCCAGGACAUGUGAGAUCUCGAUCAUCAACACAACAUGCGACUUGGUCGUUCCUCCAGGCACGCUUGUCGAGCCGAAGAUUCCAGGACAUGAAUACCUCAACUUGCCAACUGUUGCAUUUUAUAUCAAACAUUCAAGCGGCGCUGAGGUCCUUUUCGACAUGGGCUGCAGGUCCGAUUGGGACAAUUUGGUGCCACAUGUUGCAGAAGUCGUCAGCGAACGAGUACCGGGACUCCGUGUGACCAAGGACGUUCCAGUCACCCUGAAAGACGGCGGUGUUGACCCAUCGAACCUCAAAGCCUUGAUUUUGAGUCACUGGCAUUUCGAUCACUGCGGUGACAUUUCUACCCUAAACCCGAAGACUGAUCUCGUGGUUGGUCCUGGUUUCAAGGAGCGAUUCCUUCCUGGGUACCCGGCCAAGGAAGACUCCGGGAUGCACGAGGCGGACUUCAAGGACCGCAACGUGGUCGAAAUCGCCUUCAGUGACAGCCUCAAGAUUGGGGGCUACCAAGCCCACGACUAUUUCGACGAUGGUAGUUUGUACAUUCUGAACGUACCAGGCCACACGACGGGUCACAUAUCGGCACUUGUAAGGACGACGCCAGACACAUUCGCGUUCCUCGGUGGAGAUGUAUGCCACUUCGUGGGCGUGAUCCGACCAUCGAGCUGGAUCCCCCUGCCUGAAACGAUACCAGCUAUCACGGAGCUUAACAAGAGGAUCCCACAGCCUGCACCGUGCUCGGCAUUCACCGAGUGCCACCCAGAUCAGGACAAUCCUCGAACGACCGCAUUCUAUCAGUGCUCGGCAGAUAAGAACCAGUCGUGGUACGACGAUCCGGCAACUGCGAUGCAGUCCAUCAGAUGGUUGUUCGACUUUGAUGCCCAGCCAAACGUGCUUGUCAUCAUCGCUCACGACACUGCACCCCUGGCAACGAUGAACUUCUUCCCAAACGGUACUAUCAACAACUGGCAAAGCAAGGGCUGGAAGGAGAAGAUGCAUUGGUACUUCUUGAAUGAACUUCCGGUAAAUGAUGGGAAGACGGUCGGAGAGUUGCUCGUCGACGGGCUUUACAAAGACGGCAAGAAGAUCAAGAACCUGGACAAGUCUCCGGCGUGAGGAAAGCUCACUUUUUGUAAGCAGUUUCUAUCGGCCAACGACAACGCUAUGCCGUUGCAUGCGCUUGCCGGUCACCAGAGUCACUCGUGCGUCUGAAAGAGAUCCAAGAAUGGCGUUGCAACGUCAUCCGGAGCCUCGGAAGAGACUCGUGUUGCAACAAGGAUAUACCCCAGCCCGCGGCAGUUGCCUUGCUCAUCGUCAUUUCAUUUUGCUCUUGCUGACGGCGGUGUACCCUGGCCGCGGUGCCACAUGUCUGCAGACUGCAAGCAAGACGCCUGUUACAAGCCGUCUACCAGAGGUUGAUCGAUCGGAGGCCGCAUCGCGGUGCUCCACGUUGCAGAUAUUUGCUCGCGUCUCAACUCUCAAGCAUUCCAUCGAGCGUCUCAAAAUAUGAAAGCUCGGACCACUCCCGAUCGAGGCAGGUUUGAGGUGGCCCGUCCUCGUGCCAGCGCGUGGCAUU